GGAAUAUCUGACAUAUCUUCGAUAAAAUGCAUCAUGCCUCAAAAGUGCGGUUGGAUUGUUUCUCGAUCUCAGUGUUGCACAUGUAUGUACCCUGGUUGACAGAAAUAAUAUCGCAGCAAACUGACGUUUUCCUUCAAGGGGCUGCGGUGUGCGGAAACAAGGCAACUCUUGCCUGCACACCUGCCGCGGGACCUUCCCUUCCUAAUCUCAUUAUUCUGGAUUGACCAAUGAGCGAGCGCCACGCCGAGGCUCAGGCCUCAAAGAAAGAAAGAAAGGCUGUAAAGUGUAAUAAGGGUUGUGUACAAGAAUACUCAGCUCCAUUUGUUUGUUUCACACGGAAAAUAUCAGGUUUCUCCGUUUGUAAGAAAAUAUGUCUCAGUGGUGAUGUGUAUGUAUGUAGUCUUUUGUUUAUUUGUUCCCGCGCCCAAUCAGUUGGACUAUGUAUACUAUAAAAAUUUCCGGAUUCCCUCGGACCAUAUCGACUUGUCAGGUGAAUUCAAACUCAAAGGCUAACAGAUCCAGUUACGUGCACAUCCGAUCCUCUUAGCCAGCCAGCCUGUGUAAAUUUCCCCUAGUUCUGUCUGAGGCGAUGAAUCAGACAUUUCUAUUGACUAGUGGCUUGGAAACAUACUAAUGGGCAUUGAUGAGGAAUGGUUAGAAUUUUUACGUUACAUAGAUCAAAAGCGACCCUUAUCAAUCACUACCGGUACUGCAGCUUGGCACAUACACGUACUGUCAGGUUGGUUCAUGGACUGCAACAAUUACACCAACUGCUAGGGGUCCCCAAUGUCACGUCGACUAAUUAGCAUUAAGUUUGACAGCUAGGUGUGACUCCCUCCAGUCAAUAGUAGAGACACAACAGCAACAGAUUUCUGCAUUACAGAAGGAGGUAAGCUCACUACAGCUUUCUCAUUCAUUAUCAGCUAUAAGAUUGUCUGCACAAGCUGAGUCAUCGUCAUCAGAAAAACGCCAGGAUACUACUGAAAAUCUAGACUCUGAAACCACUGACAAAGACGACGCCUCCGGAGCUGAGAUGGUAGGUGCAGACACUCUUCAGACAAACCACACUGAGACAAUAUCGGAAGCGAUUGACACAACACCAAAUGUCGAACAGACACAACCGGCGUCACACAGUACCGACAGGCGACAGCCAGUCCCAACAAGAGACACGCGCGAAGUCAGAGUUUAUACGGACUCUAUCUGGAAAGCAGUGGACACUUCUAGAAUGUUUCCAAACCGCUCCACCAGUAAGGAACAUGCAUCAACAAUAGACCACGCGACUAAGAAGAUGGAACGGGUGAGCGACCCUAAAACGGCGUAUGUCAUACUACACGUGGCUUCAAACGACCUGGAUAAUAGCCAGAGAGACACCUCCUCUGUACAAGACUGUCUCGAUAAAACAACAGAGCUUAUCUCAUGCGCCAAGACAUCUUUCCCCAAUGCCACAAUCGUCCUAUCACAAGUACUCCCCAGAGGACACAACAUGGACUCAAACUUAAACAAAAACAUUAAGGACUACAACCAGGCCGUUCUGCAACGAAGCAAGGAUGACAGUAAGACUCUGUAUGUCCGCCACAAGAAACUAUCCACAACACGACAGCUCUACAAACGUGAUGGAAUCCACCUGGACGACACCACGGGGACCAGCCUGCUGGUUGCAGAUGUAAAGCGCACCAUGCGUUCUGCCGAAAACAGGUCCACUUACAGUGGCAGCGGCACUUACACACCUCCCGACACAUCAGCAAGGGAGCGGCAGGGGCCACGACAAAGACAGGAUCGCCAGUACCACAACGCUCGAACGCCUCAGCACCAGAGCCAGGACAGGCCCACAGGACCUCGCCAUGAUGCUGGAAGCUACCCACUAGGUGACUGGAGCCGCCGCCCGAACCUACACGCGUCCCAGAUUCCACAACAGAAAAUCACGGACAUAGCGUACAAACUGUCCGAGAUGCUGAUGAACAUUUGAGCUACAUAUGGGAAACAAUGGCACCGUCCAUCGAAGGGAAGUCUUACUUUCUUAUGUCCUAAUAUCCCAAUAUGAGCAUGUUAUGUUUUCUUAAAAGAUGAAAUAGUGUGCGACCGGUACGUACUCAUCUACAAGUUCAAAAGAUAAUUACCUUUAAGUUCUAUAGCAUUAGCAGCACUUGAAAUUGCUCUUGACAUUCUUUUCUUUUCGGUAGUCUUUUAUGGUUGUUGAUGUGGCCCUAAGUUUGGCCAGCUGGAACAUUCAAGGUAGUCUUUCUAGAAAAUGUGUAGAAUUAGAUUUCUUAGAAGCUGUAUGUAGAUAUGAUAUAGUUUGUGUUCAGGAAACUUGGUUAAAGCCCGAUGAUACUUUUCGUAUCAAUGGAUACCAACACAUUCGUAGCGACCGUAAACUCAGGAAGCGCUCCCGACGGAACUCCGGAGGGGUCGCUGUCCUUUUUAAACAAACUAUCGCU